UAUUUAUAUUUAUAUUUAUAUUUAUAUUUAUAUCUAAAAGACUAUGAAGUUUAUGUAUAAUGGAAAAACUUGCGCUAUGUAUAAAUUUGCGUCAAGUGCGUUACGUAUACGCAUAUUGAUUCGGAGCUCCGAUCGGGUGCACAAAUAUGGUAGCGCACUCGACAUCCAUACACACCCCCGUAUAAUUAGACUUAUACGCACGCCGCAUACAUUAUAGCAACCUUAACUUAAGGGUUUAAUCAUGCAUUUUUCGUUCCGCUGUGGUAUGAAAUUUUGGUAUAAAUAGGAGGAUAAAUAAUACUCAACUUCAAUUUGUUUCUAUACAAGUUUCCUCAAGUAAGUAAGUAUCUAUUAUGCCAGAAACCCAUCCCUUUCCUAGUCUCACUAGUUCAGAGACCAUUACUGGACCAAAUCAAGAACAUAUCAGUAAUCAUAGAUUCUUUAAUAUAGGGACAUUUUUCCUUUCAGUAUAUGGAAGUUUACGAUUAUUGUUUAGUCAUCAUGGACCUCAUAAUAAUAGUGAAGAAUUUCUUAAUAAUGAAACACCAUUUUCUUCGAGUAUAAUUAUUGUAUUAAGUUAUUGGUCUCUAUUUUAUCUUUUACAAUUGGGUUAUUUAUAUCAAUUCCCCAGUAAUUUAAGAGCUUCUUUAGAAGUCGAUUGGCAUCUCAGUUUAUUCAAUUUUGGACAUUUCUUAUGGACAGUCUUUUAUAUUAAACUGUGGUAUUUCCUUGCUGAAGUUGUAUUAUUAUUAAAUCUUUUGAAUCUGUUGAUUGUUUAUUUCAAUCAUCAAACUUAUAAGUAUAGACCAUUUGGAGGAGAUUUCUUCAAUUGGUUAUUUGUUCAUUUACCUGCCACUGUAUUCCCAUUAGGAUGGUUAUUAUAUGCUAUAUUCUGGAAUGGAGCUAUAUUAUUUGGAAUUCAUGAAUUUGUAGGAAGAGUUAUUUCCAACAUAUUAAUUUGGGAUUUCUUAAUUGUACCAUUAUUAUUCCUUUUAUUAUUUGGUGAUUGGGCAGUAGCAUUAACUCAAUCAUAUUUUAUGUUGGGAGUUGGAAUUGGACAAUUAUUUACUAAACUAUUUGCCUUGCAAUGGAUCUUUGCCUUUGUCAUUAGUGGAGUUUUAUUUGUCUUUAGUAUUUUGGUAGCCAUUACUGGUGGAUUACCAGAUGACAGACGAAUUCCAAUUCUUGAAGAUGUUGAACGUCGGACAGGUACGGGACAUGCCGAAGGUGCUCCAUUAUUAGGUAACAAUUAAAAAGUGUCAGUUAGUAGUUGUAGUUAGUAGUUAGUAGUUAGUUAGUUUAGUUUAGUUUAAUUAGUAUUUCAACUAUCUUUUUUUAACCCUUCAGUAUUGGCUUCU